CACACGUCGGAUAGUGCCACCCGCGCGACGAUGACGACCGCGCCGACCGUCGCGCCGCCGCGCGCCGCGCUCAUCAAGACGCCCGCAUGGUCGCGACGACGACGUUUCGAUCGCGUCCGUCGCGGUGGCGAUCGUGGAUCCCCCGUCGCGUCGGCUUCUUCGAGUAGCGAUCGGUCCAACCUCGCGGCGUCCAACCUCCGAGAGCUCCUCGCGGGCGACGAGAUCCUCCGCGCGCCGUGCGCGCACGACGCCCUCACCGCGGCGCUCAUCGAACGCGCGGGGUUCAAGGUCGGGUUCAUGUCCGGUUUCUGCGUCUCCGCCGCGCGCUUGGCCAUGCCCGACGCGGGCCUCAUCUCGUACGGCGAGAUGGAAGAUGUCGGCAGGCACAUCACGCAGGCGACGUCCGCGGGAUUCCCGUUCAUCGGCGACGCCGACGACGGGUACGGCAACGCCAUGAACGCCAAGCGAACCGUCCGGGGAUACGCCAGAGCCGGGUUCGCGGGGAUCCUGAUGGAGGACCAGCUCGCUCCAAAAGCGUGCGGUCACACCAAGCCGAGAUGCCUCGCACGAGACGAAGCCGUCGCGAGGGUUCGAGCCGCGUGCGACGAACGCGACGAGGGCCCGGGCGGCGACAUCGUCGUGUUCGCCAGGUCCGACAGCAGGUCCGCGAUGGACUCGCUGGACGAGGCGCUGUGGAGGGUCGCGGCGUUCGCGGACGCGGGCGCGGACGCGCUCUUCAUCGACGCGUUACGAACCAAGGAGGAAUUGAGAGCGUUUUGUGCAAUCGCGCCUGAAGUGCCGAAGAUGGCUAACAUGCUCGAGGGCGGCGGCGCCACGCCGAUAUGCUCGCCGGAGGAGCUUCAGGACAUGGGUUUUAGCGUCGUGGCGUACCCGCUGACGGUGCUCGGGGCGUACGUCAACGCCACCGAGCGGGUGCUGAGGGAGAUCAGAGAGGACGGGUACCCGGAUGAGUCCAAAUUGCCCACGUUUGAGUCGCUCAAGGCGACGUGCGGGUUCCCGGGGUACUACGCGGACGCCGAGAGGUACGACGUGAGUACGUCGGGAAAGUGAGUGCGCGGGUUCGAUACCGUUCGAUGUCGACACGAGCCGUUCUAUUAUUUGUGAUAUCAACCCGUUCCAUUC